AUGGCAUUUCUUCAGUUUCUAGUUUUCAUUCCCCUUUCUGGGAGCUCAUUGAGGCUAGAUUCCGUCAUUAUCGUCGUCGUCAUUGGUAGAAGGAUCAUAGUAGGGAACGAGACAGAUCGGCUUGCUAUGCUUGAGUUUAAGAAACGAAUUGAUGAUCCAUACAGAGCACUAAGUUCUUGGAAUGAUUCCGUCCAUUUUUGUAAUUGGGUAGGAAUCACAUGUGGCAACCGUCAUCAACAACGAGUUAUCAGCUUGGAUUUGGGAGAGAAAGGAUUGGGAGGGAACAUAUCUCCUUCCAUAGGGAAUCUCAGGUUUCUGCAUUUUCUCAACAUUGGAAACAAUAGCUUCCAGGGCCAAAUUCCACAAGAAAUCGGUAAUCUGAUUCGAUUGAGAGAAAUUAACUUCAACAACAACACCUUCGAAGGAGAAAUUCCUACUAGCUUGGCCAACUGCACUCUUCUAAGAGAUAUUCACUUCUCCAGAAACAAUCUUGUCGGGAACAUUCCGGUUGAACUAUUUAUGUCUUUGUCAAUGCUGGAGCACAUUUCCAUUAAUUAUAAUGGCUUAACUGGAGAAUUACUAGCUUCUUUUGAGAGUUUGGAUCUAUACACUAAUCGCUUUCAAGGUCUCCUUCCCAACUUCAAAGCCAAUCUCUCAACUCAGCUCUUAUAUCUUCGAUUAGGGGAUAAUCAAAUAUCUGGAACCAUCCCUGCAGGGAUUGAGAAUCUCAUCAACUUAACACUUUUCAGCAUAAAAGUGAACUUUCUUGAAGAAAGAACCAUUCCUCAAUCUUUGACUCUUUUGAAGGGGCUUCAAGAUUUAGAUAUUUCAUGCAACAACUUAUCAAGCCAAAUCCCGAAAGAUCUUGAAAAUCUUUUAGCGUUGCAGAGUUUGAGUUUAUCAUUCAAUAACCUUGAGGGGGAGGUACCAACAAAAGGAGUCUUUGGCAAUGCGAGUGCAAUUUUUUUGAAUGGAAAUGAAAAGCUUUGUGGAGGAGUUGCAAAGUUACAAUUGCCUACAUGCACAAACCAUGGGUCUACAAAAAGAGAAAAAUCUCAUGCUUUCAAAAUAGUUUUGGCACUUAUGAUCAGUUUGGUUCUUGGUUUUAUUUUGAUAGCUUCCUUUCUUACUCGUUAUUGGAUAAGAAAAUCAAUAAGUAAACCACCAUCCACACCAUUAAUCGGUGAUCGACUUUUAAAGAUUUGUUACUAUGAACUCUUUCAAGCUACUGGAGGAUUUUCUUCAGUUAAUUUGAUAGGUUCUGGUAGUUUUGGUUUUGUAUAUAAAGGGAUCAUCAACCAAGAUGUAAUCGUCGCAGUCAAGGUACUCAAUCUUCAAAAUCCAAGAGCUUACAAGAGUUUUACGACUGAAUGUGAAGCAUUAAGAAACAUUCGACAUCGGAAUCUUGUUAAAAUUUUGACUUCUUGUUCAAGUUUGGAUUCAAAAGGCAAAGAUUUCAAAGCACUUGUUUAUGAGUUCAUGCCCAAUGGAAGUCUAGAUGAUUGGUUGCAUCUGCCGAUGGAGGCACAUAAUCAGUCAAGGAAUUUUAGCUUUCUUCAAAGAUUAAACAUUGCAAUUGAUGUGGCUUUUGCAAUUGAAUAUCUACAUUACCACUGUUAUGCACCAAUUGUUCAUUGUGACUUGAAGCCAAGCAAUGUCCUACUUGACAGUUAUAUGACUGCACAUGUUAGCGAUUUUGGUUUGGCAAGACUACUUUUAGAACUUGACGACGAUUCAUCCCAGACUCAAACUAGUAACAUUAGGAUAAAAGGAUCUAUUGGCUAUGCUGCUCCAGAUUCAACACUCCAGCCCAAAGAAAAACCUGGUGCAGAAAUUGAAGAGGAAGCUACCAAUAGAACUGAAGGUCCUAGUCAUAGGACAGAUAAAUUGCAAGAUUGUGUAACAUCAAUAAUUGAAAUUGCACUCUGCUGCUCCAUGGACUCGCCAAAAGAACGUAUGGACGUGAACGAUGUGGUUGAAGAUAACCUACAAGGAUGGAAAUUAGGGCUCUUCGAUAAGGAUUGCAAGGGAUUGCAAGAAGCCAAAAGCCUGACUAUUGAAGAGCAACUAGUGGAGUUUCAUACCAAGGAGACAAUGGCCAAUGGCUUGAUCGAAGACAAUUAUAUUUGA